AUGCCUUUCAUCAACACCUCAAUGUACAGGAACAAGUUCAACCAGUGCAACCAGUGCACCAAACAGGUAUCUGUCCCCAGUCGUGGAGCCAAAAGGAAACGUGAUGAAAAGAGGAAACUCAAAUGUGUCCGCUACUGGAUGAAGGCACAGGUACGGAUGCUGCGACAAAGACGGCUGUUUAUGAAGCUCAGCUUGGUCCUGGGAUCACUGUGGAUAUAUGUGCUGCUAGAUCACCCAAAAGCAGCCUGGGAUCCUACCUACAGGCUCAUGUACGGCUGGCUGGAAUACACAGACGAUGACGGCGGCCCGGUGAAAGUGUGCAACUGUUCAGCAAUCCUAGAUGGAGAGAGGGAGGCUCGAGAGCAGGCCAAACUUCUGACCAUCACCAAAGACUUCCACAAGAGUGUGCAGAUCCCUGAUGAGUAUUAUAUCAAUGCCACCCAGGACUGCAGGAAUUUCAAGCGAAGCAGAAAAUACCUGACAUUCCCAUUGAGCCAGGAAGAAGAAGACUUCCCUCUGGCUUACUCGAUAGUUGUGCAUCAUAAGGUGCAGAACUUUGAGCGACUGCUGCGAGCCAUCUAUGCACCUCAACAUUUCUACUGCAUCCACGUAGACAAAAAAUCUGACGCCUCGGUGCUCUCUGCCAUCACGGGCAUCGUCUCCUUUCCGAACGUCUUCCUGGUCAACCGGACUGAAAGCGUGGUCUACUCUGCAUGGCCUCGCGUACAGGCUGACCUCAACUGUAUCGGGGAUCUCUAUAAAAUCAGCACCAAAUGGAAAUACUUCAUCAACCUCUGUGGCCAGGAUUUCCCUCUAAAAACCAACUUGGAGAUCGUGAGGAUGCUGCGUUCACUAAAUGGCGGGAAUAGCUUGGAGUCGGAAAGAAUGGCUGACGCUAAGAGGUCGAGGUUUUCUUAUGUCCACAAUAUAACUAACGGAGACAUCCAGUUUACAGGAGUUUUAAAGGAGCCGCCUCCAUUCAACAUCCAAAUUCUGUCAGGAAACGCCUACAUAGUGGUGAACCGAGGCUUCAUCCGCAGCGUCCUGGAGGACAAACGAGUGCUGGCCCUUAUCGAGUGGUCCAAAGACACCUACAGUCCCGACGAGUUCCUCUGGGCGACCAUCCAAAGGCUCCCCGGCGUUCCUGGAUCGAGGCCCAACCCGAAAUACGACAUGACAGACAUGAGCGCGAUCGCCCGGAUGGUGAAGUGGGUGUGGCACGAGGGGGAAGAAGGGUCGGAGCAGGCCGUGUACCCGGAGUGUCAGGGCGACCACGUCAGGGCGAUAUGUGUGUACGGGGCUGGAGACUUGCAGUGGCUAAUUGAGCAGCGUCACCUCUUUGGCAACAAGUUUGACGCAGAGAGAGAUCCCAUCGCUGUCUUCUGCUUGGAGAAGUAUCUGAGACAAAAGGCCCUGGCGGAGUUACGUUAG